GGUAGAGAAAAAAAACGGAUGUAGAAGAAGAAGUUCGCCGAAAACGGAAGUUACAUCAAAUGUUAUUAUGGAGUCUCACAUGUAACUCGCCGGGCUUCCAAAAUUUAAUAAACCAUUUUAUAAGGCAUUUUCAAGGUUGAGCUGAGUUUAACUGGAUCUCGCACUCCCAGGACCAAAACAAUGAGCACUCAAUACAGCAUUUUGUUCAAGCAAGAACACGCACACGAUGAUGCCAUCUGGACGGCAGCGUGGGGUAAAAGUGAAGCAGACGGCUCCGAAACCAUCGUCACAGGUUCACUCGAUGACAUGGUGAAAGUCUGGAAAUGGUCAGACGAGAAGCUGGAGCUGCAGUGGACGCUGGAGGGCCACCAGCUGGGGGUGGUGUCAGUAGACAUCAGUCACAAUGGGGCCAUCGCUGCCUCCAGCUCCCUCGAUGCACACAUCCGUCUCUGGGACCUUGAGUCUGGGAAACAGAUAAAGUCCAUGGAUGCUGGGCCAGUGGAUGCAUGGACAGUGGCCUUCUCCCCAGACUCCAAGUACAUCGCCACAGGAAGCCAUCUUGGCAAGGUCAACAUCUUUGGUGUGGAAAGUGGCAAGAAGGAAUAUUCUCUGGACACACGAGGAAAAUUCAUCCUGAGCAUAGCUUACAGCCCAGAUGGAAAGUAUUUGGCCAGCGGAGCCAUCGAUGGGAUCAUUAACAUUUUUGACAUCGCCACUGGAAAGCUACUCCACACACUGGAAGGUCACGCCAUGCCCAUCAGAUCCCUCACCUUCUCCCCAGACUCCCAGCUCCUGGUGACGGCUUCUGACGACGGCUACAUCAAAAUAUAUGAUGUGCAACACGCCAACCUGGCCGGCACACUAAGCGGUCACGGAUCCUGGGUCCUUAAUGUCGCCUUCUCUCCAGAUGACACCCAUUUUGUCUCAAGCUCGUCUGACAAGAGUGUUAAGGUGUGGGACGCCGGCUCCAGAGCGUGCAUCAACACGUUCUUUGACCAUCAAGACCAGGUGUGGAGUGUAAAAUACAACAGCACCGGAUCAAAGAUCAUCUCAGCUGGAGACGACCGUGCCAUCCACAUCUACGACUGUCCCAUGUGAUGUUGAGAGAAAGAUCUCCACAGCUGUUGACUCAGAUCACUUAUAGAAAUUGGUAAUUUAGGGAGGGAGGGGGAUUAAAGCUGUAAAUGUGACUGUUUUGCACCGGCCGAGUACGGUCAAAUAAAAGGGUUGUUUUUGUA